AGCAUCACUAUCAUGACCCUAUCUGUAAGCAUCCUUAUUUUUAUCAUCAAAGUCAUGACUCAUUAUAGAGGAUUAUUGUCAGCGUUCUAAUCUUCGUCAUCAUCGUCAUCAUUAUUGCUGUGCAUCGGGGGAUUUUUCAGUAGAAAGACCAAUUACAUCUGAUUAACCACUCUCAGGUCUUCACUUGAAUAACAAUACUUCCCAAUUUUAGAUUGUUACUUGAAAGUUCACUCACUGUACCACGAGUGCUGCUUGCAGCUUUUUAUUUGAAAUUAUAUGCUCAGAAGGGAUUUUAAAAAUAUAUAUUUUUUUAUAGUUGAUCAUACUUUCUUUCUCUUCUACUUUUCUUUUCUCUUUAGUAUUUUUAUGCUCCUCAGACUUGACCUACAUACAGGUGGUCUGUGGUAUUAAACAGGAAAAGCAUGGUCUGGUUCUAUGAAAUGGGGUGGCAGGUAGCCUAGUGGUUAGAGUGUUGAAAGUAACUGAAAGGUUGCUAGAUUGAUUCCCCAAGCUGCCAAGGUCAAAAUCUGUCGUUCUGCCCCUGAACAAGGGGCAGAAUCCACUGAAUCCACUGUUCCUAUGCCGUCAUUGUAAAUACAAAUUUGUUCUUAACUGACUUGCCUAGUUAAAUAAAAAAUAAGGAGCAUAUUUACUUCCUGUUAGCUAGUGCACUGCAAAAUACUUUCAAGUAAAAUCCUGUUGCCAGUGUAUAUGUAGCAUCUUUAUGACGGUAACCCACAAGAAUAUUUAGUUGGACCUUACAAGCUUGGUCUCCAACGUAUUUCUGCGUUAUUGUUAUUUAUAUUAUUGCACUGUAGACCGACCAUUGCCACAAGUGAACUGCGAUGAACAUCAGCUCUGAAUUGAAUAAUAACUUAGCGAAAUGGUUAGAUCCGUAUCUCUGUGUAAAGCUUAAAUGUGCUGCAUCGGUAUCAGAAGUCUUAUGGUACUAUUGUUGGAUGAGUGGAGGAGCAUGAAAGUAUUCACUUUAAGUAUGAGGAUAAUGCAGAAAUUUGGUCCAAAAGGGGAAAGUAAACUUGACUUUUUGCUAUGUUAUUGCCUCAUUGUCACUCAACUUACUGUCAUUCGGGAAGCGAGUCUUGUGCCUCGACUUUCUUUCAAACACCUUUUCACCUCCACCUGCUCACAGUAUCUUUUUAUUUUAUUUUAUUUUUUACCUUUAUUUAACUAGGCAAGUCAGUUAAGAACAAAUUCUUAUUUUCAAUGACAGCCUAGGAACAGUGGGUUAACUGCCUGUUCAGGGGCAGAACAACAGAUUUGUACCUUGUCAGCUCAGGGAUUUUUACUUGCAACCUUUCAGUUACUAGUUCAAAGCUCUAACCACUAGGCUACCCUGCUGCCCCAGGAAACUCUUCUGUUUCCCAACCACUGACUCAGAACACGUGUUUGAUCUGCCCAUUUCUCCUUUUUCUGAAGAAAUGGUAGGUCUUAUGCAAAUCUAAUGUAAUGUCUAGCUAGCUAUAUGAUUGUCUAUCUCAUUUCUGACACCAAUGCAAGUGAAUUUGAGGUAACGGGUCCACAAAGCUCUGAAGACUAACAUAUACCUUGAUAAAUUGGUCAUUAGGGUAUUUUUUUACAUUUUGUGACAAGAUACAUUUUGAUUUAGUACAUUAGGUACCUGAUGUGGCUAGUCCAGCCCUGUUAAAAGCUGCUCUGUGGGAGAAAUCAAUGCACUCAGAGCCUUUUAGGGUGAGGAUAUUAUAGCUUCAUCCUGUGGGAAUUGUAGAGCAUAGAAACUCAUCCCAGCCUUCUACAGGAAAUGGGAGAGGAAACUCUUCUGUUUCCCAACCACUGACUCAGAACACGUGUUUGAUCUGCCCAUUUCUCCUUUUUCUGAAAAAAUGGUAGGUCUUAUGCAAGUCUAAUGUAAAUGUCUAGCUAGCUAUAUGAUUGUCUAUAAAACUGUGCUCUGUGUUAUAUUUUUGGGUAUGCAUGAUAUUGCAUCUGCGUGAGGUUCCAUAGCUCAGUAUUAACAUUACUGUUGAUUUCCCAUUUCAUUUUGCAACUGCUAAUGAAUGCAGUGCAGCCUUCGUGCCGAAAUACCACAUUGCUUUGUGUGUGUGUGUGUUUAUGCGUGUGCGUGUUUGUGCAUGUAAGAGAAAGGGAAAACGAAAGAGAGGGCGAGAGAGAGAGCAACGGGUGAUUUCAUAUACUGUAUAAUGUUGUAUCUGGCUCAAGCUGUAUGUGAAUUUAAUACAGAUAAUACAUUGUGUUGCUGAAAUCACUGUGCUGCUCAAAUAACUAUCGAAAUAAAUCUGGUUAAAGUAAAGUUAAUGUUUGUUUUUUUGACAGACUCCAUGACCCAGUGGCUACUUGUCAUAUGGCGUCACUCUGAGAGGACAACGGCAGCUGCAUGGUCUGAAGUACAAAAACAGAUCUACAGGAUCUCAGCCAGUUCAGUCACUGCUAUUUUAUUACCUACGCAUAGGAAAGGAGGGGGAGUGACAGAGAAGGACAUUUAGAAGGAAGAAAUACAUAUCAGGGUGUGGUUUGAGAGUUGGAGAAUGCAGACAACCUCACUGGAUUAAGUGGGUGGACAAGGGUGGGGAACAGAGAUACAGUGAGGAGAAGAGGGAGGAGUUGGUGAGGAGGAAGAGUGAAAGAGAAAGAACAGGAAGGAGGGAAAGGGAGGGGCAUAAAUAGGCUCAGAAGAACUGCAGUGUGUUUUGUCUUCGGCUCAAACAGCACAGGGAGUGGAGUGAGUGUUGGGAGACGCAACCGUUUGCGUCUAAACUAUUUCACCGCUGUAUUUUUCCUCUUCUAAUUCUCCAUUCUCUUUGCAUUAUUUUGGUUUUUGCGGAACGUGCGUGACAAACCCCUUGUCGACACCAUGGAUAACUUCCAGACCGUCCUGCGCUUUUUCAUGAACCAGAAGGCCACCAUUGGCUACAGCUUCAUGGCCAUCCUGACCAUCGGGGGAGAGCGAAUCUUCUCCAUGGUCUCAUUCCAGUGCCCCUGCAACCACGACCAGAACUUUGCAUACGGCCUGACCUUCCUGUUGGGCCCAGGCCUGGUGCUUCUGGUGCUGGGUCUUUUCUUCAGCAGCAGGCUGUGGCGCCUCUAUACUGGCUGUUGCCUAAACCCCAUUAAGCUAUGCCCCAGGGGCAACUGUUUCGGCUGCCUCAAAGUGUUUGUCAAAAUCUUCUCCGGUGCCUGUGUGGCCCCUAUCAUGUGGCUGUGUGUGGCACUGUUGAACGGGACCUUCUACGAGUGUGCUGUCAGCGGGCUGGAUGAUAACCUGGUGGUGGAUCUGUUCUGUAAAAACAAGACCUUGAUGUGCCGGGAGGAGUUGGCCCGCGUGCCCUGCAGCAAGUCCAAGCUGCCCAGCGACGAGAACAUGGAACUGUUGCUCAUGUUCCGCGCUCAGUCACAGAUACUGGGCUGGUGUAUUAUCAUCAUUUCAGCCGUUCUAGGGCUCCUCGGGACCUGCUACACAAACUGCCGCUCAAAGGUCAGCUACCUGCAGCUCACCUUCUGGAAGCGCUACGUAGAAAAGGAGAAGGAGCAGUUUGACACAUUCGCUAUGGAGUAUGCAUCCAAGCUGGCCGAGAGGAACCUAAAGAGCUUCUUUGAGAACCGUGACCCGGAGAUAUUCCCAUUCCCCAACCACAAAGCCUGGGAGGAGAUCUCAGCCCUCUACACCUUCUCCAAGAGUGAGCAGUGCUACAGCACCCUGCAGAGGUAUGUGGAGCGUGAUGACCGAGACUACAGCCCUGAGAAAAGACCAGUCAUGGAGCUGGAGCACGGCAUAGAGAUGGGCUGAGAGAGGGGCAGACAAUGGCAGAGUAUGAAUUAUAGUAUAUCCUAUUUGUUUUACCUUUAUAAAUGACAUGCAGUAAAUACAGUAGAUUUAACUCACAGACUGAUAAGAAGCGUUGUUGCCUGCAUUUCCCCCAAAGCACUGACAUAUACACAGAGCACCAUUCAGAAAGUUAUUACCAGUGACACAGCAGUGAUUUACCAAAGAAUGCAGCCAUUGCAGAAGUGGUGAAACAGUAGGGCUUCUUGUCUGCUGGAACCCACAGUUCGUGAAUGGUCAUGAACACUAGCUGAUGCAAUGUCCCUGUCAUAACAAACACUUUGAUUUGACAAAGUCUCCUCUACCUCUCUUUGAUAUGCCUUUGAUGCAUUUCAUUCACUUUACUGGUACAUAUUGGUAGGAGAGCUAUUGUAAUUGUAUAGUUUUAAUUGGGUAUUUUGUGUGUAAUAUUGCACCACAAUAUGAAUGCUACAUGAAUGACAGAGUUGUACCAUGCAAUUUGCUUGAAAUGUUUACCCAACUCAAUGUUUACAUUAUUAUGACAACCUGAGCACCAUAAAGUGUCUUUCUAUGGCAGUACAAGCGAAGCAGCUCACUUUAUAUUUUAUGUUAAUUUGGGACUAACUCUGCCAUUACUACCGUCCUGUUCAAUUAUUGACGUCAAUAGUAGUCAAUAACUCACACAUUAAGAGGUAAUAAAUCAUGUAUGACAUACGGGAUAUUCUCACUGGAUUCUACAAAAACAUUUGUUGAACCUGUUUAUUUUUUUUCGUUCUCCUUUCUAACAUCUGUAAAAUCCCUACCAUGUAAUGUGUAAGCAGUAAAUUAACAUGUACAUAGAACAUUAUUAGGACAUGUUGCAUCAUGCCUGAUAAAAAAACCCGGUAAAAACGGUCCAUAUUCCACCAUGUUUGACUAAGAGGGGGAGAAUGCAGCCAUAUCGGUGUAGUUAUAGUACCUUCAGAAAGUAUUCAUACACCAUUACUUGUUCCACAUUUUGUUGUGUUACAGUCUGAAUUACAAAUGGAUUAAAUUGAUUUUGUUUCUCACCCGUCUACACACAAUACCCCGUAAUGACAACAUGUUUUUAGAAAUGUUUGCAAAUGUACUGAAAAUGUAAUACAGAAAUAUCUCAUUUGCAUACAGUACCAGUCUCAAGUUUGGACACCUACUCAUUCAAGGGUUUUUCUUUAUUUUUACUAUUUUCUACAUUGUAUAAUAAUAGUGAAGGCAUCAAAACUAUGAAAUAACACAUAUGGAAUCAUGUAGUAACCAAAAAAGUGUUAAACAAAUCUAAAUCUAUUUUAUAUUUUAGAUUCUUCAAAGUAGCCACCCUUUGCCUUGAUGACAGCUUUGCACACUCUUGGCAUUCUCUCAACCAGCUUCAUGAUGUAAAUUCAAUAACUUUGAAAGUUUCAUCAAGCGCAGUCGCAAAAACCAUCAAGCGCUAUGAUGAAACUGGCUUUCCGGAGGACCGCCGCAGGAACAGAAGUCCCAGAGUGUGUAAUAAAAACAAAGGCUUCGGGGGAACACAUAGUCCAGGUAGCCAUUUGAUUACCUCUUCAGGAGUCUUAUGGCUUGGGGGUAAAAACUGUUGAGAAGCCCUUUUGUCCUAGACUUGGCACUCCGGUACCGCUUGCCAUGCGGUGGCUGGGGUCCUUGACAAUUUUUAGGGCCUUCCUCUGACACUGCCUGGUGUAGAGGUCCUGGAUGACAGGCAGCUUAGCCGCAGAUGUACUGGGCCAUACGCACUACCCUCUGUAGUACCUUGCGGUCAGAGGCUGAGCAAUUGCCGUACCAGGCAGUGAUGCAACCAGGAUGCUCUCGAUGUUGCAGCUGUAGAACCUUUUGAGGAUCUCAGACCCCAUGCCAAAUCUUUUUAGUUUCCUGAGGGGGAAUAGGCUUUGUCGUGCCCUCUUCACGACUGUCUUGGUGUGUUUGGACCAUUCUAGUUUGUUGUUGAUGUGGACACCAAGGACCUUGAAGUUCUCAUUGGGCGCCCAUAAAACUGCUGCCAUUUCUUCCGGCGCCAUUUUAAAUUCAGGUUGUAACCCAACAAAAUGUGGAAAAAGCAAAGGUGUGAAUAGUUUCUGAGACACUGUAGAUGUUUAGACCUGCCUUCUCAGACAACCGAGGGCCUCAGGCACCAAGUGCCUCUCAUCUCAGCUCUCUAUUACGUCAUGUAUAACUUCCAUAACCUUUGACUGCUUUGUUUCCUCAGUCUUGGAAGGUCAGAAAGCUAAUUUAUUUGACAAAAAUCUGAAAAGUAGCUAUAUACUGAGUGUACAAAACUUUAAGGACACCUUCCUAAUAUUGAGUUGUACCUGUCCCUUUUGCCCUCAGAACAGCCUCAAUUCAUUGGGGCAUGGACUCUACAAGGUGUCGCAAGCGUUCCACAAGGAUAACAGCCCGUGUUGACUCUAAUGCUUUCCCACAGUUGUAUCAAGUUGGCUGGAUGUCCUUUGGGUGGUGGACCAUUCUUGAUAUACACAGGAAACUGUUGAGCAUGAAAAUCCCAGCAGCAUUGUAUUUCUUGACACAAACCGGUGUGCCUGGCACCUAUUACCAUACCCCGCUCAAAGGCACUUAAAUCUUGUGACUUGCCCAUUAACCCUCUGAAUGACACACUUACACAAUCCACGUCUCAAUUGUCUCAAUGCUUAAAAAUCAUUCUUUAACCUGUCUCCUCCCCUUCAUCUACCCUGAUUGAAGUGGUUUUAACAAGUGACAUCAAUAAGAGAUCAUAGCUUUCAGCUGGAUUCACCUGGUCGUUCUAGGUCAUGGAAAGAGCAGGUGUCCUUAAUGUUUUGUACACUCAGUGUAGCUCUGGUUCGGUUUUCUUUAAUUAAACAGCCACUACAAACUUCGGCUAACUUUAGCCACCACAAGCUAGCAGUCAAUGGAAGUGAUAAAGGGAUGGGAUCAUGUAUGUCUUUAAUGGCCAAAUCAUCUCCAUAUUUGGUUUCAUGUCACUUAUAGGCAGGGCUCCAAAUAAAAAUAAAUCCUUAAGUACUAAUGCUUCCAACUUAAAAAGGUUAGUAGCAUAAUAUAAAAUUCAGGAGAAAAAUCGAUUGAGAUACUUUAUAGCCUAUAUGAAUUCCAGCUACUUCUGAAGCACGUGGCCUAGAUAUUAAUAUGUAACCCUGUUAAUUAAGACAUUUGGUUAUUACAAAAACCUAAUGUUGAUACAAAUACCUGUCAUUGAAAUUACAAAGGCAUUUGUGGAAUAUUAGGUUUGUAUGUUGUGUAAAAGCACAAUUUUUCUAUUGAGUGUAAGUUACCAGGUUGUUAGCUAGAACACUGAACAAGGUGUAGGCCUAAAAGGUUGUUAGCGGCCCGCGAGUCAUACUCACUGGGUGAAAAGAGUCAAUAUCAAGGGAUAUCUUUAUCUAUAUAUUUACGGAUAUCUAACCUUUUAUUCAAUACCUUAUAUGGAAUAGACAUGCUCCAGAUACGCAGAUUCUCCAGAUUCUCCGUAAUGGGACAGUUUCUACAUGCAUCCAAUCCGGGCCUACAAAAUCUUCCUGCUACCAGGGAGAUAUUUGGGGUGAGAUACAUUCAAGACGCGCACCUGAUACCCGCUUAGGUGCAAAGCUGUCAUCAAGGCAAAGAGUGGCUACUUUGAAGAACCUCAGAUAUAAAAUAUAUUAUUAUUUUAUAACACUUUUUUGGUUACUACAUGACUCCAUGUGUGUUAUUUCAUAGUUUUGAUGUCUUCACUAUUAUUCUACAAUGUAGAAAAUAGUAAAAAUACAGAAAAACCCUUGAAUGAGUAGGUGUAUCCAAACUUUUGACUGGUACUGUAUAUUUUAAAGUUCAAUCUUGUAGGUCUGUGUCAUGACUUCCGCCGAAGUCGGCUCCUCUCCUUGUUCGGGUGGCGUUCGGCGAUCCACAUCACCAGCUUUCUAGCCAUCGCCGCUCCAUUUUUCAUAUGUCCAUUUGUUUUGUCUUGUUCCAUACACACCUGGUUUUCAUUCCCCAAUCAAUGUACAUGUAUUUAGUCCUCUGUUCCCCAUCAUGUCUUUGUGUGUAAUUGUUCAUUGUUAACGGUGUAUGUUUACGCGCGAUACUUUUACAGUUUAUGUUCCGUGUUUUUGGGCACUUAUGUCAUUUUUGUGCCUAUUGUUGAACGGAAUAAAAGUUGCGCCUGUUUACUCUA